GAAAUGGGCGGCACCGAGGGCAGCGGGUGGCCGCUCAGGCUGGCGGCGGUCCUGCUGCUGACCGGAGCGGGCGGUCUGUACGCGCUCUACCAGCUGCUGGAGGCCCGGGACAAGCAGCGGGGUGGCGUGAGGGAAGGCCCCCGGGUUGCAAGGGGCCCGGGCGGCACCGACGCCAGAGCUGGCGGCGACCACACCGUGCACGCCCCGACCGGAGCAGCCAGCGGCCGAGCGGGCAGUGUGCUUACAAAUUCUCCUGACAACGUAGACCAGCAGCAUCUUCAAGUGGUCCUUAGUCUACUUCAGGAGAACUCUGAUGUUUCUACUCAAGAGCGUGCACUGGUGACUCUUGGUAACAGCGCUGCCUUCACUGUUAAUCAGGAACUUAUUCGCAAUCUGGGUGGUCUUCGUGUCAUUGGAAAUUGCUUGUUUAAUCCAGUCACAUCAGUCAAAGUUAAGACACUGAAUGCCCUGAAUAAUCUCUCCAUGAAUGUUGCGAAUCAGGAAGAGCUGAAGGUCUGGAUUCCACAAAUACUACAGAUCCUGGAGACUUCCAUAUUAAACUCUGAGUUGCAACUAGCAGGCCUUAGAGUGCUGACCAACAUGUCCGUCACCAACAAUUAUCACUGUGUCAUAACUAGCUCAAUUCCUUACUUUUAUAAGGUCUUGGCAGAAGGAGUUGAAAACACGCAGGUUCAGGUACUAAAGGUCCUGGUGAAUUUGUCUGCAAAUCCAGAUUUAACACAGGAUCUCCUCUGUGCUCAGGCACCACCAUCAUUCCUUCUGCUGUUUGACAGCUGCGUAAACAAAGACAUUCUUCUGCGAGUGCUGACAUUCGUGGCAAAUCUAAAGGAAAAUCCGAGUCUGCUUCACAACCCUGCUCAGGAGGAAUACAAGGUGCAUUGUCUCGAUUACGUACUGUUUGGAAACUCAUCACCAUUUUGUCAAAAACUUGCCACACUCGCCCUGCACCCAGACAGUGAAGUGAAAAAACAAGUUGCAAGAAUUGUUGCCAAAUUGCCUUAAGUAGUUAUUUUCUAUUUACACGGAUUCUCAAGUAAAUCUGUCUUUUUAAUGCAAGUAAAGUUUAAAUUAUUUGAGUUGCUUGAUGAAUAUCUUAAUUUAUGUAAAAUUAAAGUGUAACAAUAAUUUACCAA